AUCUCAUUGGUCCGACCUUCCAUCAGUCAGUCAAUCGGAGUUCUCCUAACCAUCAAGGAUCAGUCGAGGAUGGAGGGAACACGGGAGGAUGAGAGCAGAGCACAGCUCAGACCUUUUAUUGCUCCUCAAGGGGGAACUUUGGUUUGCAGCAGUCGUUAAAAAGACACAACACUGAACACAAAAUAUUGCGAGCGAUCUGACAAAAUUCAGCCACAAUAUCUGCAACAAUAAAUAAAAAAAUAAGCAAAAUGGUACAGUGCCGCUUGUGUCAUGGAGGAUUUGGCUGAUUGUGCAUAGUGCAUUGUUAACACUUGGAAAAAAACGAUAACCUGCCACUGUUUCAUGUGUUUGUAAUGUGAUAUUUGGUUUGUCUAUAAAUGCAUAUUGUAAAGUGAGCCUCUUAAAACGUAAGCUAUAAGUUGAGAGAUUUAAUAAGCCCAUGACAUUAUGGAUUUUUAGAAUUCUUUAUUUCUGUGGACAACACUCUGGAUUUACGGUAUUUGCUUCUUUCAUGUCAGAGGGAAGAAACAGGACCCCAGGAAGUGAAGCUGUUGCCUCUUAUAAUGACUGAGCCAAAGUUAACCUUUGCACUGCUCUGUUUUGGUGGUGGUGGUGAUUUUGUUGUGUAGCUGCUAGGCAACAAAACCCAUCAAUGGUACCAAUGCAGUGCAGUAAUCUAGCAGAAUGGCUCUGGAGGGGUUGACCAGCCAUGAUCUUAUGCCUGGAAAUGAAGCUCCCACCCUCAGUUUUUGUGCGACAUGCCAGUUGCACAAAUGCACGGCCAUACACGUGCAGAGACUAAACACCAAGGGGCUACAUUCCCUCAAAGAAUGGAUCUCUUUAACACCGGAAGAUGACGUUGAUCUCGAGGCCCUGGUGAACGAUAUGAACUCUUCGCUGGAGAGCCUCUACUCCACCUGCAGUGGUCACCAGACAGAGUCCACCCCACUACUACACAAUGGACAGUCCACUUCAUCACACCACCAUCCCCAUCAUCAUCCUCACACACAACUUAACCACCAACGGCAGGGUCAGCAUCCGCAUUCGCUGUGUCAAGUCACCUCGGAUCCUUCCUCCUCCUCCGCACUGGCAGACUCACCUCAAACUGGCCUGCGACGGUCACAGCCUAUGCACAUCCUCGCUGUCAGGAGGUUGCAGGAGGAGGAGCAGCAACUGAGGACAUCGUCUCUCCCGGCCAUCCCAAACCCCUUUCCUGAGCUGUGCAGUCCAGCAAGCUCACCCGUCCUCAGUCCUGGGUCCCUUCCUCCUGGAGAGCCCUCCAAUGGCAAAUAUAUCAUCUCAAGCUCUGACAGAUUGGAUGGAACCAGGUGUGAACUGUCAACGUAUCCUCAGAUUGUGAAGAUCUUCAGUGAAGAUGGCAUGGGUAAAGUGGUGGAGAUCCCGGCCGACAUGACAGCCAGGGACCUGUGCCAGCUCCUGGUUUAUAAAAGCCAUUGUGUGGAUGACAACAGUUGGGCACUUGUUGAACACCACCCACUGCUCGGGCUAGAACGCUGUCUAGAAGACCAUGAGCUGGUGGUUCAGGUCCAGGCCUCAAUGAACAGCGACAGUAGAUUCCUCUUCAGGAAGAACUAUGCCAAAUAUGAAUUCUUCAGAAACCCUUUGACGUUUUUCCCAGAGCACAUGGUUGCAUGGUGUCAGGAAACCAAUCGUACGAUUCCACCCUCUCAGCUCCUUCAGAGCUUCCUAGCCACCAGUAGCUGUCCAGAGAUCCAGGGUCACAUGUAUGUGAAAGAGGUCGGACGGAAGUCAUGGAAGAAGGUUUACAUGUUCCUGCGGCGCUCGGGACUCUACUGUUCGACAAAAGGAUCGUCAAAGGAGCCCAGACAUCUACAGUUACUCGCAGACAUAGAAGAAAGCAAUAUCUUCACUGUCGUCACAGGCAAAAAGCACCACAGUGCACCCACAGACUACGGCUUCUGUAUCAAGCCCAACAAAAGUCGAGGGGAGUUAAAGGACUUGAGGAUUUUGUGUGCAGAGGAUGAACAGGCAAGGAUGUGUUGGAUGACUGCCUUCAGACUAUUUAAGUACGGGAUUGUGUUGUACCAGAAUUACAAGAUCCCUCAACAGAGAAAAACCUUAAUUUCACAUUUCUCAGCACCUGUGCGGAGUGUGUCGGAGAACUCCCUUGUAGCGAUGGAUUUCUCAGGGAGGAUAGGCAGAGUGAUCGACAACCCUGUGGAAGCUCAGAGUGCCGCCAUGGAGGAGGGACACGCAUGGAGGAAGAGGAGUCAACGACUGAACGUAUUAGGCUCCCACAGUCCACUGCACCACUCGUCCCUGAGCUCAGUUAUCCACAUAACGCAGCUGUGGUUCCACGGCCGAAUAUCGAGAGAAGAAUCCCAUCGUAUUAUCCAUCAGCAAGGAAAUGUAGACGGGCUGUUUCUGCUGAGAGUCAGUCAGAGUAACCCCAAGUCAUUUGUGCUCACAUUGUGCCAUCACCAGAAAAUCAAACAUUUCCAAAUACUACCGUGUGAAGAGGACGGCCAAAGCUUCUUCAGCCUUGACGAUGGCGCCACCAAAUUCACCGACCUGAUUCAGCUGGUGGAGUUCUACCAGCUCAACAGAGGAGUGCUGCCUUGUAAACUCAAACACCCUUGCACCGUCGUGGCCUUAUGACAUCCUCAAAACACCUGACCCCCACUUACCCUCAUCACUUGACUCUGCCUGAAACAAGCAAAACAAAAAGAAUCAUUCAGUCGGAUGGUUCUUUUGUUUUUAUCUUAAUAAGAAGCUGGUGAAUUGACUGAUGGUUUAGUGUUGUUUUAUGUUGUUGUGAGUCUGCCAGAGACUGCUGACUUGUUGGAUUUUUUUUUUUUGCAUGGAUGUUUGAGGGGUCAGAUGUGCAACGUGCUCCUGAGGUUCCGCAUUCGAGACGAGAGAGCGUACAGGAAACGAACACUGCCAUGUGUGUCAGUGCUGUUGCAGAAUCUUCCGCAGUCUUGCUCUAUUCACAGUCAUUAAUAAGCUUCAACUGGACAAUCAGCCGCAUCAUUUUGUGCUUUUGUUAGGACCACUCAUUCAAACUUUUCAUCGCACGUCCUCAAAGAAUUUACUGUAGAUGGAGAGUUGAUUGUUUUGCACUCAUCAAACUUGGAGUGGCCUUUGACGGGUGUGUGUGUGUGUGUGUGUGCGUGCGUGUGUGUGAGACCUUGUGUUGUUGAACUGUGAGAUGGUGCCAGCGCCCUCUGGUGUCACAGGCAUGCAAGGACAUGUCCAAACUCAACUUGGAUGAAAUUUGGAGGUGACAGGAAGAAUGGGUGCUUCCGAAUCCACCUGAGUUUUGGGGGACAUCGGAAGUUUGUAAAGUCAAAAUCCCCUGGUGAAAAAAAGGCUAAGGGAAAAACCUGGACCUAUUAGAACAAAGUGUUUUUUUUACAGUGGACAACAACUAGUCUUUAUUGUUUCUCACUUGGAAAAUUCAUUUGUUCAUCUCUGACAACACAGGGUUUCAUUUCUUAUUGAUACAUUCAUUGAAGUUUUAUACUGUUAUCAAUAUUAUCAGAUUUUUUUAUUUUUUUUUGCAUUCUGAUUAUGUGCAACUCUUCAUUAUUUACCUAAGCUACAAGGGGGUCAUUUUGUACUUGUUGUUCUAUUGCACGCUCCAGUUUUCCAAAAAUAUUCACCAGGCUACUUCCACAGAAGCGAGUUGGCAUGAAUCGAACUAUGGUGUCAUUCAGGGUAAAAUAACGAGUAAUAAAGCUUGAACAACUGUAACCAGGUGGACAGAUUUCAAGUGAAGCCAUAUGCAGUAGUUUUGUUUCAUUUUUCACUGUAGGUAAUAUCAAGCUACCUGUUGUAUAAGCAUCAGCUUUUUUUUUCCUCAUCACCACAGUACAGGAAGGGUAACCACUAAUAUUUCCCUCAGGAGUUUCACCCACUUAACAGUCAGCAAAUCAGAGGAAACCCUUUGCCAAACAAAACUGCUUUAGCACAGAGAUACAGUGGAAACCCGUGGACAAAAACCUGUCCUUGUACCUCACACUUAUUUCAGUAUCUGAUCCAGCAGGUACCGCGGAGCGCGGCUCCACACUGAUGGUAGAUGUUGUGCAUCACAUGCAGCCUUUUAUCUGCCUGUGAGCAAACUGUAUCACAUACACACUGACUGCACGCCACCCAGUUAUGGAUGUGCUCAUCGACUCUCUCCUCUGUGCUCAUCUCACUCAGAUGAUAUAUUCUAAUACAUGUUUGAGUCGACUGUUAGUGAGAAUACUCAGCAGUGAGGCAGCAAAUGUUAGGUUUCAGACUUAAGACCAUUUCUGUCUUAAUCCAUGUCCCUUCAUUUGACUUUACUAACUUGACUAUAGUUCUUUGACUGAUCAGGGUGUACAGCUCUUACCGAGUUAUUAAAUCAACAGAAAUCCCACCCGGCAUAUGAUUUUUAACAGAUUUCCCCUUUUGUGUUUUCUUCAAAAUGAGCUUCUGCAAUCGACUUUUCAUUUACUUUUUUUCUUUUAAUAGACAGCGAUGCUUUUGAAGUGUCUCUAGUCGAGCGUGGACCUAAAUGCAGAUCACAUAAAGGGUCAAACUCAGCCAACUCAAAAUCUGGGAAGACUGGAGGUAAAUAAUUCAAAUUCGACCUUGGAUUUCAAGUCGAUGUUUAGUCUGAGCCCGGUCACUAACUCUGUGGCUCAAAUUCACUCAGAAACCUUGCCAUUAUUAUCAUGACGUUUUUUUCAUCAGUGUGUAUUUUUUAACACUCCCUUCAAAGUGUUGCUCGUAGUAGCCGUGUUUAAUCUUGCAGCUGUCAGAUGGUUGGAAAUCUGUUUGUGUUUACCAGCAUCAGCAACCGUCUUUUAUUUACCUGCUGCAGGUUGUUAUAAUAAGACAUACUAUAAUAUCUGAUUUGCCGCACUAUAUUGACACUUUGCGUGGUCACCAUCUAAGAUGCAAUGACUCAAUCAUAUUGUUUGUUUUUUUUUCUCUAAGUAUUGCUGCAGCAAAAUGUAUUUAUUUAUCUGGAUGUGAUUACUUGAACAUUUUUAGAUUUCUUUAUCUCGGCGCUGUUCUGUACUGUUCUGUUAUCAUUACAUGAAAUGAUUGACCA